GAGAGUGGGAGAGGAGAGAGGCUCUCUGAGUAACCGUGCUCCUGCAGAGAAGACACAGAAAUCAGCGUCUCCUUCUUCUUCUGCACUUUUUGGGGAGUUCCUGAUCUGCUUCCACUGUUCAACGGGGGAACUGAAGAGACGCUUUCACGUCUUUUUUGAGGGUGGUUUUUCAGAUUUCGGUCUAAUUAUCUCCCAGGAUUUAUAUUCAAUUGUUAUGUAAUCUGGUCCUAACUUGCCAAUGUGGACUAACCCUCCAUAGAGACUUUUUAGACCCUGUUUUGGAGCCAGUUUUCGUGCAUCUGCACCCAAAAAAAUGAGCGUUUGAUAUCAAACCUUUGACUCUUUACUGACUGAUCUCUCUGUUCUCAGCUGCACCUCGACACACGCUGGAAGCUGGUCCGGGAUAUCCUAGCCCCUAAUAGGACUACAGGAAGAUUUGCCCAUUGCUGGGUGGAAUUUCUCUCAACAUGGACGUCAAAUCACUCGAGACCGAUCUGGACUUUAAAGGCAAAUCCUAAAAAGCAAGAUCUAUGGGGACCAAUCGAGGUGGUUUGUCUCCAUGAGGAUGGAGUGGUGUGACACAGCAGCGCAUGAUGUGAUGAUGGUUUUGCUGCCCGUGCCAUGCUGAGAGGGAGGUUCGGUCUCGCGAUUGUGUAUCUGGUUUUCGUGUGUCUGUCCGGCAUGAUGCCCCCAACAGCCGCCAAACCCUGCUCUCUGGACACCCUCAAAAAGGUCCAGAAUCUCAUCAGCAUAGCUCCAGGCAUGAAUCAGAAGCUGAACUGCAGUCUGUACACCCCCACCCCCCAAGACUACAUGCAGAAAUGCCCUAAGUCCACCCUGAAGUGUUUUGCUGAUGAGACCCAGGUCCUGAUCCAGGAGUGGGAGUCCGUGAACGUCGGCAACCUCCGCGGGUCAAGAUACGUCUACAAGAAGCUGGAGUUUCUCUCAACGGAGCUAGAACAGCCGGAGUCAGAGUGUCUUCAGUGUGAAUUCCUCCACGAGGAAAACGCCGAGAAGUUCCUCGAGCAACUGAAAUCGACUCUCAUGAUGAUGAACUCUCAGCACUGCUGAGGACUUAAGGACUUU